UCUGCUGUAUAAAAACUGUUCUCAGCCAGGGAGGGGUUCAUUUGCACAUCCAGCAGCAAGACAAACUGAAGACAUGUCAACCAUGUUCAAGCUUCUGAUCUUACUUUGCUUGCAGAAUGCAGUUCCAGUGCAAGGCAUGUAUGCUGAGAACCUGAACGAUGUGCCAGAACACCUGCCUACAGCGACUAUAGACACCUGUAAGACAUGCACUGAAAUCUUUGACAACCUGAAAGACCUGAUCGCAGAUGCUGGAGUUCAGGGAAUGAUUAAGCAGGACCUGGAGUUAUACUGUGAGAUGCUGGGCGGAUCAGCAAAUAUCUGCAAGCAGAUGUUGGACAAAAACCUCCCCAUGAUCUUCUCCAUCUUUGACAAAACCUUAAAACCAGGGGUGAUUUGCUCUGCACUGGGGCUCUGCGUUGUUGAGGUAGAAAACGAGUUGCAGGGUCUGAUGGCCAAACUUGAAACAGCUUUCAAAUCUCAGGAUCUUGGGGUGCAGUCUAAUCUUCAGUGUAAGUUCUGUGUCUACCUGAUUGAGCUCCUGGAGAAGCUCUUGCCCAAAGAGAAGACUGAGACUGCUAUCGCUCAUAUGCUGGAACGCGUGUGUAACAUGGUGCCCUCAGCGUACAGGGACCAGUGUGAAGCAUUCAUCGAGCAGUACAGUAAGAAACUGAUCGAGCUGCUUCUGGAAGAAUCCCCGCCCCAUACUAUCUGCACCCUCAUCCACCUCUGCAAGGGCAUGGAGACACCAAUCACUGGUUAUCACAUGAGUGGCUAUGCUUGCACUGCAAGCAGCUACAGAUGCCAGAACCUUCUGACCGCUGUGGAGUGUGGGGCAGUGGAAUUCUGUCAGAAAUAUGUCUGGGUGUAAAAUCCCUGUCCACGCACAGAGAGAGGACUGAUCUCAGCGGACAACACUUUCAGCUCUCUGCAGUUUCCUCCUCUCAGCAGUGGUCCCCCUAUGUGUCAAUGCCAGUGAUAGCAGAUCUGUACACGAGCAGACUGAUAGCGCUGCAGCACAAUAACCUCCAGUCACACCGACCUGCACAAUUGUGACUGAUAUCAGCUUAGUCUUGCAGUCUAUCGUCUUUAUCUGCAAAAGAGCAUACUUUGGGUUCAAGAUUUCUGUGUAGUGAGGUACUGGUAGUACUUCUAAAACCCCACUGUUUAAAUACAUGGAUAACCUUUAAACCAGAACAUUACAUCAGAUCCGUUCUGCAUAAUCUUUUCAGUUGACUUAACCAAUAGUGGAUGGACGUUAUUGCUCUUUGCUAACAGAUAACGUCUUCGAAUAAGACCACACAUAAUGGCUGUAUGGGUCAAUGUCGGCCCUUGAUUAGGAAUCAAACAAGUCCACAGGAGUUGCCAUUUAUUGAUUCCAAGUCAAAUUCCCCCAAAUGCUUAAAUGAAAAUCUGAGAAUUUCCCGUGAAAUUGUAUUGCUAAGAGCAACAUUCAAGAUACUAUACUGAGUGAAACCUACUGAUCAGAUUAUGAGGUGUCAUCCAUGUAGUUUUUUAUUAACCCUGUCAUUUCCUCUGCUAUUGCUGCAGUGUUUUGAUUGAUCUCCCAUGCUGAAUUAUUUGAUUUGUACCUUGUAUCGUCUGUCGAAUAAAUCAUUUUGAAAGGUG